CCUAAAAAAAUGUUUUAGAAGAUGAUGAUUAGAGUGAGUUGGCUGCUAUUAGUCGUUAUCCGACGACGAUGACCCCACUUUUAGCUGGAGGUUUCCCAAACCUUCCUUCCCAAUAAUGCUUAUCGAUUUAAUCACCAAAACAAGAUAAUUUUUCAAAUGCUGAGACACACCUAACACUUAACCGUCUAAAUCCAAACUAAAGAAAUUAACUGUCUCAAACCAAUCCAGCUCGCAGGGAGGAAGAGUGAUUCCCCGCGAAACUUCCUCUGCUCUCCCAAAGUCACCUUCGUGGUGGGGCCAUUUCCACGUUCCUCCUUGGUCUCUUUCUCCAUUAAACCAUCCAUGGUGCUGGAAUCUUUUACAUCUUCAUGAUCUGCAAUCCUAGUUCCAUCAAUUUAAUAGCAGCCAUUUGCAACCCCAGCCCAGACAGCAUUAUUAACUCUGCCUCUCUCUUCCCUCCACGCCUUCACUCCGGCUUUAGACUCUCCCUCCCUCUCUCUCCUCUCUCUCUUGAAAUAUUUGACUUCCUUGAAUCGGGCUGUUUUUCUGGCUGCCCACUUCUCCGAUUUUGCUGUUAGACUCUGGAGAUUUCCAGCUGGAGCGGAUCAUCAUCGUACAUGGUAGAUCUUCUUCUCUGUGUUGUGAACAGAGAGAAUACAAAGAUUCAACCUUUGGGCUUUCUUUUCCCGUCUUCCACUUUUGCUGCUGGGGAAUAUGAAUAGAUCAGCGAGGCAACAAGUAGAGAGAUGCAGGAAGGCCUUUCCCUGUAGCUGGUGGUGGUAUCAUGGUUGAGUCAUCUGACACCUUCUUCCUCUGCUUGUAUGUUGUUUUGUCUCUUCUCAAUUCUCAUUCCCUGCUCUCAGGUUUCGUUGCUUCAUUGAUCUUAUGUGUUUGAAAUGGUGUGUUGUGUUUUCACAGGAUGCCCUUCAGCCAUCUGGAAGGAAAUUGGACAAUUUGACUUGUUUCGUCCUCUUAGCUAAAGAAAAAUGUCAGCAUAUGCACACCAAAUGGAGAGGGAGUUCUCUGCUGGCAGCCUCUCCAGUGGAGAAGAUUCUGAAGAGAUGAGAAGCCGAUAUGUGAUGGAGUCGGGAUUCUACAUGACAUCAUUCGCCGCAACAAUGUUCAUUGCUCUCCUUGUCACGGUAGGAGUGUUGAUGAUCAGCUUGCUCAUUCUACUGACAGUAAUGCUCCAAUCCUGCGAGAACAGGAGCAAAGGAGUCAUCGAGCAGAUGACGCUGCAACAACAGCCCACUACUAGCUUUUUCAAGAGUUACCACAACUGCAGAAGCUUUGCAGAGCUCAACAACCUCAAAUCACCAGACUUAUUACCUCCAAUGUGCUGGGAUCGUAUUGUUGAUCACCACAAUCAGGCAGCCGCAGGUGGUGAAUAUGAGAGAGACUUGACGGCUAGUCUCUGGGUUGUCGAGGGAUACUUCGAUGGGGUCAAACCUUCUGAUGAUAAUGGUCAAGAUGCUGUGGUGUUGAUUGACAUAGACAACAGCAUUAUCUUCAACUCCAAACAGUUUCGGCAACAAGUGCUGCUUCUGAGAGUGUACAAGAAACUUCAAGCUAGUGGAUGGUCGCUGGUUUUGGUAUCUAGAAAUCCAGAGAAGCAAAGAAAUGCCACUGAGGAGCAACUCGUUUCUGCAGGAUAUGGAGGUUGGUCCUCACUAGUUCUGAGACCAGAUGAUGAAAUGGAGCAUUCUACAACUGAAUACAUAUCAAGACAAAGAGUUCUUAUGGAGACGAGAGGCAUUCGGGUUGCAGCAAUAAUCAGUAGCCAGAUGGAUGCUCUGACUAAAGGUCCUUCAGGUUCAGGAACACGUGUCUUCAAGCUUCCAAACCCAGUAUACUACUACAAUGACUACUUUCAAGAUUUCAGGAUCUCAACAGAGCUGCCAGAAGAGACCGCUUUGACACAGUGACUGAUUCCCUAUUAAUUAGCAUCCUGGUUACCAAUCUGCAUUUGUGAAUUGUUGUAGUUCCCAGCUUGGAAAUUCUGUUGUAAAUGAGAGAAAUGCUGUUAAUAUAUUAGAUAGAAAGAU